AUGGCUCCCUCUCGCAGCGCAUUGGACCGCGAGAGGCACCUUAGCAAACACUAUAACCUCCGUUCAUCACAUUUCAAGUUGAAACCUUUCUUACUCAGCUCCAGGCCAUUUUCUUGUACCGAUAAUGACAACGAAUUAUUGCGGGUCGAGGUCAAGAUCACGCACGAGGCGGUGUCUAAAAUAGGGACCCUUCUCAGUGCCGACGUCAUCCAGUUGCGAAAGGAGGUUGCUAAAGCCAAGCGAGAGAUCAAAAAGGCUUCCGCGGAACGAGACAAUGUCACUGCUGCACACCAAAGUACUAACUCUUACUGCGCAGUUCUUGCGAACUACAGACGUCGUGUUACAAUGUUCGAUUUGCCAGGUGGUUAUCGAACGGCCUUUCACCCUGGAAUGGCGCGUUUAUCAGACUGCGCCAACGAAAGACUUCCCAAGCGUUUUCAAGACCAUCUAGCACCGUUCACCACCGCUGAGGUCAAGGAGCUGUGCGACGGCCCAGGCGCUAUCAUCCCUGGUCGCUUUUAUAUCUGUCCCACCUGUCCAGCUUAUGUCGGGAAACCUCCAGUCGAAAUUCCUUUGCUCCGUGUGAAGUGGUCGACAUUAUUACUGGAGCGCAUGGUACUGACAUAG